UGAUUUCUCGGAGGGCGACUGCAAGGCGAUCUGCGGCUAGGGUUCCAAACGGAUGUCGGCGGACGUUGUGCCGCCGGCCGGGGGGAAGCUGUCAUCUCCCCCACCGCUCGAGGCGGUUGCCGGCCAACGUAGGCCGCCUCUGGCAUCUUCAUCACCAAACCCGAAAGGAGAUCGGGAGGCACAACAUACCAAAAAGAGGGCGAAACCGACGACCCCGAACAACCAUAUGGGAACAGAGGGCGUGCCUAGCCGGGAGGAAGCUGCCGACCGGAGAUCACCACCGCUCAGCCCGAGACCAAACGUCUGGUCGCAGGGGACGGGGGCGGCUCGGAGACUCUUUGGCGGCGAGGGCCGCAUGGACGAGUGGUACACUGCUGACUUCGAUAGCGAGGACACCGCAGCGGCGAUGCGUCAGGACGGCCUGGACGAGGGUUUUGUUGGAGAGGAUGACCCCAUGUGCCCGACAAUUUACUUCACGACGGCGGAAGAACGUACGUACUGUCGCAACUUCCGGUCUGCUCUCGUCGUUAAAGCAUUGGGUCGGACAGUGUCUUACACGGCGGUCUCACUACGGUUGAACACUAUCUGGGCCAAGGCAGGAGGGAUUCAAGUCACGUCCAUGAAGAACAACUAUUUUCUGGUCCACUUUACCAGUGGCCUUGACUACGACCGGGCGGUCACGAAUGGUCCAUGGAUGAUCGGACAAAACUACCUUUCGGUGCAUAUGUGGGACAGUGAUUUCGACCCUUACAACCAUGAAGUCUCCUCGACUCUAAUUUGGGCCCGGCUGCUGGAAAUUCCCAUUCAGUAUUUUCAUGAGGAUGUUGUAAUGCGAAUUGGUCGACGCAUCGGAAGACCUAUUCGAAUAGACGAGGCCACACGCACAGCAGCACGUAGUGACUACGCCCGAGUUUGUGUGCAGGUGGAUCUCACGAAACCACUGCUCUCGAAGUUCUCCAUCAAGGGCAAGCGAUACUUUAUCCAGUACGAAGGCUUGGAGAAAAUAUGCUUGAACUGCGGGACAUACGCUGAGCGGGGUGCAUGCUACUGUAGCCGAACGCAAGCACCAAUGGAAGCUGAAGAUGUUGAAACUGAAACCACUCCCCCGCCUUCACAACCAGAGAAUCUCUAUGGGGAGUGGAUGAUAGCUAAACGCAAACCCCGCCCCUCCAAGAAAGAGGUGGGGACAAGUUCAAACCGGGGAGGACCGAUCGUCGACAAAGUGCAAAAGAGGGCAGGGGGAUCGAGGUUUGCGGCUUUGGACGAGGAGCCCGACUCGCACAGGGCGACAUCCGAGGCCGAGACUGAUACCCGCGAGCCGAACAAGUCCAAGCAGCAGCGUAACCAGAGCCGGAACAAACACACCAAGGUGCAAGAACAAGGAACACCUGCUUCGAAGGAGAGCGGUCCAACCAAUGGAACCUGGGAGCCAAACCCGAAGCCUACACAAGCUGCGGGGAACGGAAGUCACUCACGAUUGUCCGAGCACGUUGAGACCGACCAGGCGAUGCAUGAAGCCCACGCUCGCAUGGAGGACGUGGUCUCGGAUAAGCCUCCCAUGCAAAGGGGUGGGGAGGCACUGGAACCUCAAGUCCCUUCAUCGAUCACCACCGUCUGUAAUGGCCGCCCACCCGACAUCGGCUCGGAAAGUCACCCAAUGAACUCCGGGCCUCCGGACGAGAGCAUGAAGGAACAAUCUUCGGGGACACACAGCGACGGGAUCCACCUGUCGAACGCAUAACUCAAGGGAGUUUCUUUCCAACCCUCUUUUUUAUGGAUUAUAAAAUUUUUUCAUGGAA